AUGCUGCUCGGAGAUCUCGGUGCAGACAUAAUCAAGGUGGAAGAAGUAUCCCGAGGGGACGACACCAGGUCAUGGUAUCCACCGUCUGCUCCGACAUCCCCAAAGGCCUCCUCGAGUUCGUCCGAUCUUCCUCCGGAGUCAGCUUACUUCCUUGCCGUCAAUCGCAACAAGCGAUCUAUCACGGUGAACUUCAAAACCGCCGAAGGGUUAGAGAUUCUGCGGAAGCUCAUCCAACAGUCCGACGUUCUGGUGGAGAACUACAUACCCGGGAAAUUGGAUAAAAUUGGUCUUGGCUGGGAGGAUUGCAAGAAGAUUAACCCGAAGCUCAUCUAUGCCAGUAUCACCGGAUAUGGACAGAGUGGACCUUACCGGGAGUCUGCUGGGUAUGAUGUGAUCAUUGAAGCUGAGGCGGGCUUUAUGCACAUCACAGGGGAAGCCGACGGUCCUCCUUGUAAGGUAGGUGUAGCGGUGACGGAUGUUGCUACAGGGCUAUAUGCCCACGGUGCCAUUAUGGCUGCAAUUAUAUCUAGACAGCAGACAGGUGAAGGCGUUUGGAUAGACUGCAAUCUCUUUGAGACGCAGAUAGCUGGCCUUGCAAAUAUUGCAUCUAAUUAUUUGAUAGCUGGUCAAGAGGCUUCCAGACAGGGUACAGCACACCCCUCCAUCGUUCCUUACCAGGGUUUCCCCUGUAAGGAUGGAUUUUUGAUGAUUGGGGCUGGUAACGACAAACAGUUCAAACUUCUCGCAGAAAAUAUUCUGAAGAGACCUGACCUUGCAUCAAAUCCUAAAUUCUCCACCAAUCAGGCUCGAGUGCUCAAUCGAUCUGAACUAGUUGGCGUCAUUCAGAAAGCUCUCCUUGAGCAUAGCCAGCAGUACUGGAUAGAACAAUUCUCCGGUCUUGGGAUACCAUUCGGGCCAAUCAAUGAUAUCAAACACACUUUCCAGCAUCCUCAAGCAAUUGCAAGAAAGAUGGUCGUAGAGGUUGAGCAUUCUCGUGCUGGAAAUAUCAAACUGGUUGCACCUGCUGUGUCCUAUAACGGACAGCGAUUGCCAGUUUCUCGCCCUCCCCCAGUCUUAUCCGAGCAUACCGUCGAGGUCCUGCAGCAGCUCGGAUACAGUGACGACGAAGUAGCCAACAUGAAAAGGAGACACAUCAUUUAG